AUGACCAGAUUUUUACAGUUAGCUGAAGAUGAUAGCAGCUAUGAGGUCAACUACAUAUUGGGAGUAAACCCCAAAAACAUUAGUUAUGUGGUCGGGUACGAAAUUUGUUUCUGUCUCUGCAAGAAGAAACCGAACUCACUGAGUUCUGAUGAAACACCUGCUGCUGAAGCAGCAAGCAAAUACUCCAUUGAAGAAUUAAAGACGACUACUAACAACUUCAGCCCAGAAAAUAUUGUAAGCAUAGGUGGAUACUCUACAGUUUAUAAAGGGCGACUUCAGAAUGGAACCAUGGUUGCUAUUAAAAAAAUGAAGCUUAAUCGUAUGACUGAGAAGGGUUUGGCCGAGUUCAAAAGCGAAAUUGAUGCUCUCUCAAAAAUCAAUCAUCGUCACUUCCUCUCGCCACUGGGGUUUUACUUGGAUGAUAAUGAAAGACUCCUUGUUUAUGAGCUCAUGCCCAAGGGCACGCUUAGUGAGCAUCUUUUUGGCCGUAGAGGAGUGGUGGUUAACCCCCUUGACUGGAUUACACGAUUAAGGAUUGCGGUAGACAUUGCAAAAGUUGAAGUAGAAUAUUUACCUGCUAACGAGAAGGAUGCUCAGAAAUUUCCUAAGAAAAACGAGAUAUGUUGGGUUGAUGAAGGAUGA